CGUGACGGGGGUGUGGACCGUGUCCCGGCGGAAGCGUGAGGGACCUAGCUGGAAAGAGGGGCUGUUGGCGGUGGAGGAGCGGCCUGGCGCGGAGUAACCGUCAGCGAGAUAGAACGAGAGACACGGCUGUCACCACGGAGCCUGCCGGUGCUAACGCGGCGGCUACCGCCGCUUCCCGGGCCGGGGGCACCGGAGACCAACCACCUUCCCUGCCCCCGCCCCCACCAAGGAUGCCGCGCAGGAAGUAUUAAUACAAGUAUACAAGUAGAAGUGCUCCUGUGCUAAUGUCUGGGUCUGUGGUGUUACAGAGGAAUGCAGGCAGUAGUUCAGAUGGAACCGAAGACUCCGAUUUCUCUACAGAUCCUGAGCACACGGACAGCUCUGAAAGCGAUGGCACAUCGCGAAGAUCCGCCCGCGUGACCCGUUCCUCAGCCAGGCUCAGUCAGAGCUCUCAAGAUUCCAGCCCAGUUCGUAAUCCGCCAUCCUUUGGCACAGAGGAGCCUGCCUAUUCUACUAGGAGGGUGACCCGCAGUCAACAACAACCCACCCCUGUGACUCCAAAAAAAUAUCCACUCCGACAGACCCGCUCAUCUGGAUCAGAAACAGAGCAAGUGGUUGACUUAUCCGAUAGAGAUACCAAAAAUGCAGUGGAUCAUGACGAGUCUCCACCGCGCACCCCAACUGGGAAUGCCCCCUCUUCAGAGUCUGACAUAGAUAUUUCCAGUCCAAAUGUGUCCCAUGAUGAGAGCAUUGCCAAGGACAUGUCCAUGAAGGAUUCUGGAAGUGACCUGUCUCACCGCCCCAAGCGCCGCCGCUUCCACGAAAGCUACAACUUCAACAUGAAGUGUCCCACACCUGGUUGCAACUCCCUAGGACACCUAACAGGGAAGCAUGAGAGACACUUUUCCAUAUCAGGAUGUCCACUAUAUCAUAAUCUCUCAGCAGAUGAGUGCAAGGUGAGAGCGCAGAGCCGAGAUAAACAGAUCGAGGAGAGGAUGCUGUCCCACAGACAGGAUGACAACAACAGGCAUGCCACCAGACAUCAGGCACCAACAGAGAGACAGCUGCGGUACAAAGAGAAAGUAGCAGAGCUGAGGAAGAAAAGGAAUGCGGGACUAACCAAGGAGCAGAAAGAAAAGUACAUGGAACACAGACAAACCUAUGGCAACACCAGAGAACCCCUCUUGGAAAACCUGACUAGCGAGUAUGACCUAGAGCUUUUCCGAAGAGCACAAGCACGAGCUUCUGAAGACCUGGAGAAGUUACGGCUUCAGGGCCAGAUCACAGAAGGCAGCAACAUGAUUAAAACAAUUGCCUUUGGCCGCUAUGAGCUGGACACCUGGUAUCAUUCUCCCUAUCCAGAAGAGUAUGCUCGUUUGGGACGCCUCUACAUGUGCGAGUUCUGUCUCAAAUACAUGAAGAGUCAGACAAUACUACGCAGACAUAUGGCAAAAUGUGUCUGGAAACAUCCACCAGGGGACGAAAUUUACCGCAAAGGCUCCAUUUCAGUGUUUGAAGUGGAUGGGAAAAAGAACAAGAUCUACUGCCAAAACCUGUGCCUGCUGGCGAAGCUUUUCUUGGAUCAUAAGACUCUGUAUUAUGACGUUGAACCCUUCCUCUUCUAUGUCAUGACAGAAGCUGACAACACUGGCUGCCACCUGAUAGGGUAUUUCUCCAAGGAGAAGAAUUCUUUUCUCAACUACAAUGUGUCUUGUAUUCUGACGAUGCCCCAGUACAUGAGGCAGGGUUAUGGCAAAAUGCUCAUUGACUUCAGUUAUUUACUUUCCAAAGUGGAAGAAAAGGUUGGCUCUCCAGAACGCCCACUGUCUGACUUGGGCCUUAUCAGCUACCGUAGUUACUGGAAGGAAGUUCUUCUCCGUUAUCUACAUAAUUUCCAAGGCAAAGAGAUCUCUAUCAAAGAAAUCAGCCAGGAGACUGCAGUGAACCCUGUUGACAUUGUUAGUACUCUGCAGGCACUUCAGAUGCUCAAAUACUGGAAGGGAAAACACCUGGUGUUAAAGAGACAGGAUCUGAUUGACGAAUGGAUAGCCAAAGAGGCAAAAAGAUCAAACACCAAUAAGACAAUGGAUCCCAGUUGUUUGAAAUGGACCCCUCCCAAGGGAACUUAACUGGCCAUCACUCCAGAAGCCAGUGAAGAACCCCAGCAGUAGGAAGUACCCUAGGGAUCUCUGUUGUAUCUGUUGCUGUUGUGAUUGGCUGGUACAGUACCCUCCUGGAAGAUCAGUUCCCCUUGGUACUGUUCUGGCCCAGAUCUUUUGUGCACACCACAGACGCUGGUUCUGAGGAACUUUAUGUUUCGGCCUCAAUGAGGUUGCAAGGAUUGGAUCUGUAUAGGACCCAAGCACUGGCCCAAGGAGUUCUGAUAUCUGGUACUGUACCUGUCCAGUCACUGGUCCUCUACCCUCAUGUUCUUAUUCCAAUGAGGUUGUGUCGUGUCCUAUAAUCUGUUUGUGUUCCUUCCUGCAGGCACUCUGCUUUCUAAGUAAUGGACAGGACAGCUUCUGUGGCCUUUGAACAAGGUCUACAAAUCUGUUCUCCAAAUUAUUAUAUCAAUACCUUUUGUUUGGGAAAAGGGUUGUAAAUCUGCAUCCAAGCAGGUUCUCAACAUGUUGCCAGUUUACUGACUUUAGCAUUGUUACAACUAACCCUGUCUGAUGAGCUUCCUUACCCCAUGUAUCAAUUAGUUUCAGUAAGACAGCAUGACACCUCUUUAAAGAAAGCUUCCCCACAUAAUAUACCAGGUCUUCGUGUAACAAAAACUGACUGCUAAUAUUGUACACUCUGAAGCUAGCACAACUUGUACCUGUCAGUGAGUGGUGUGAUCAUUGGUGUUACCCUGGAAGAGUCCAGAUUAAUAUUGUGAAAGCACUGGUGUGCCAUACUGUUACAGAGUAGCCCUUUUGGGUGUGGCAGGCUCUCCUGAGGUUAGUACAGUAUCAUGGCAGUACAGUAUCGUGGCAGUACAGGCCUCUUAGGUCAGAUAUCACUGAUUUCCUGUUGCUGGAGUUGGUGGUUUCCUUUACACGUAUAGAAACAAGUUUAUGUAUUUCAAGUUAGUUGUUCUCCUAAAACAGUCUUUGAAUUGUAGCUUUUGAAAAGAUUCUAUAUAUUAAAGAAAUAAAAUAUUAAUUUCAGGUGAAUUUUUGAUAACCUUGUCCAAACAGCCACAGAGAGUCUAUAAAGCAAUAUCCUCAGUUGUUGGAUUGUCUAAAGCAUACAUUCUGUGCAUCAACAGCAGGUCCAGCUAGCUGUGUGGAUGGUUGCUUUUCUGUUGACAGUGCAUCCUAUCUGUUCUUGUAGAACAACAGUGACCCCCCACACACACCCCUCUGCACCACCAAAAGAAACCUCCGUAAAAUGGCUUUCAAGUAUAACCACUGUCCUUGUGCUAUGUGUUUCCUAUCUGCCUCCUGCAAGGGGACAGAUGUGAGGUGAGUGAUAGCUGCAUUUAGACCCUUCCGAUGAUCUCUUGUUGCGUGGUGUCUGAAAUGAAGCUCUUACCCUGUGCUGGUAAGUAAGGGCCAUUUCUUGUUAAUCACUGACCAUUCCCAGUGUGGAGAAGUUCUCUGCGGGCUCUUUCAUGGUGGGCUGUGCCUUUUUCUUUGCCUCCCUAAAUAAAUAGAUCUCGGCACAGGAUUUAUAUCCUUGUGGGCAUUACUGAGGAUUGCUGUCAAGUGUCCUUGGAUCAUACGUUAUAGCUGAAGACAUCUGGCAGGGUGGAACUCUGGGGAGUGGGGAAGAAGGCCAGUCAUGUACACAAGCUAAACUCUGUUCCCCUGAUGUGGUAGAAUGUGCUAUUCCUGUAUCUACUUCUCAAUAAAGCAUGUUCUCUGCUCAA